GUUUUUAAAAGUUUGUAAAGCAUCAAUACAGAAAUACAGAUCUUCAUCCAUCAGAAAUCAAACAGAAGGAAAGUGAUGUGCAUCACUGUAUUCCUAUGGCAAGCCCACCCACUCUACCCGUUUCUCUUACUCCUCAAUCGUGACGAAUUCCAUUCUAGGCCAACAAAACCAGCAGGGUGGUGGGAAGGAGAAGACAUAAUUGGCGGAAGAGACGAGGUUGGUGGUGGGACAUGGUUGGCUUGUUCCAAAAGUGGAAGGGUCGCAUUUCUUACUAAUUUUAGAGAGAGUGAAUCUAAUCCUGAUGCCAAGAGUAGAGGUGACUUGCCUGUUCGUUUUCUUAAGAGUAAGAAAAAUCCUUCUGAAUUUGCCGAUGAAGUUAUCCAGGAGUUUGAUCAGUAUAAUGGAUUUAACUUGAUAGUGGCAGAUAUCUGCUCCAAAACAAUGGUAUACUUGACCAACAGGCCAAAAGAAAAUAAACCAUCUGCCUUGCAAGUUUCACCCGGGAUUCAUGUUUUAACCAACAGCAGUCUAGAUUCACCUUGGCCUAAAGCUCAAAGGCUUCACCAUAAUUUUAAGGAAUUAAUGGACACAUACAAUGAAGGUGAAGUACAAGUGCAUGAAAUGGUAGAAAAGCUGAUGACGGACACAACAAAAGCAGACAAAAGCUCACUUCCAGGAAUUCUCUCCCCUAAUUUCGAGCAUCAACUGAGUUCCAUUUUCAUUGACACUGAUUCCCCACGAGGAAGGUAUGGCACCAGAAGCACUUCCGUUGUGCUUGUGAAGGUCGAUGGAGAGGUCUGCUUCCAUGAGCGAUACCUCGAGGAUAACUCCUGGAAGGAGCACGCGAUAAAGUACCAGAUAGAGUAAGAUGAAAUUUCACUCUUGGGAAGUUAGUUAGUUGAAUCCCCUGCUGGUAUGUCCUAAAACUAGUUUCUGUUAUUGUAAUCAUAGAAUGAUAAAUGAACUGUAUAGCAUUAGUUAUGCGUUAUAGUUGGCUAAUCAUCACCAAAGCAAACAAAAGAACUCUAUAGUUUGCUAACAACCCAAUAGUCCACGGUUCCAUGCCUCGACUUGUAUAUAGUUUUAUGGUAAUUGUAAUUUGGAAGAGUUUUCCUGCCAUAGUAAAACAUAUUAUAUCUAUCCUGUUACACAAUUCACACAUAACAACAUUGUAUACUUCUUGUAACAUAUAUAUAGGUUCUCUUCUUAACCUGUUA